CGCAUCCUAUUUUAGGAGGUGACCUUCCGCGUUUUUCGCAACUUGGUGAUUUGUUGGAAGUAUAUUAAUGUGCUUCGGUAAUGCGACAUGGCUAUGGCAUUGUUGGGUUUAAUUUUGCUUUUUAAAUCGACGCAAAGUGACUUCACAACCGAUGUACAUAAACACACGCACAAAGGUGACAAAGGCUAUUGUUCAGAAAACGACUGGCUGCAAUCCUUCACAGUUAUUCGAGGCCUCGUAAACAAUGGGUUCCACAGAGAACUCGUGUCUCGUGUGCAGUGUGCCACUGCUGUUCCUGAGGGUUCCCAGGUCCUGCUGUUGGAGAAGCUGCCCCAGGGAAUCUAUGUAGAUCCAUACCAGCUGACUUCAGCACAGGAGCACAGUGACACACAGGAGGUGCUGCUGGCCUCUGAGAUCGAUUUGGAGGCUCCUGCCUAUUCGUCCUCUGGGUUCUCUGCCCUAGUUUACGCCUCACGGGACCCCCAGUGCAGCGGCUGCUUUACUACCACGCUGCCCAUUCACGCCCGAUACCACCGGCCAGCUGGCUCCGGGGAGGCAGAGCAGUGGGUCAGCAUUGAGAGCCCACGACUACUGGUCCGAGCUGAAGAGACCUCCCUGCCUCUGGCCUGCCCCCAGAACAAGGUGACCGAAGCCCCCUGCACUGCACAGAACCACAGCCUCUGCACCUGGCUGGAGACUCACUACCAGCAGGAGCUGGAAGCCGUUAGUCUGCGGAUUCCUGUGGGAGACCAGCGGCAGGUCCUGGCUGUCUGCACUGGGACUCUCUCUGUCACCCUGCUGUGCUGCUGCAUGAUCCUGGGAGCUGUGUGGAAGCACGGCCACUUCCUAUUUUAACUCCUGGGCACUGCUCUGUAACCUGCACAAACAGACAGGACGGUACAAGACACUGAGUCUACGCCAUGGUCACCCUACCUACAACAACUGCUCUUCCAGGGGUGUCUCAGUACAUUGAAAGCGGUCCUAGCUAAUGAAAAAUGCUUUACCCGUCAUGCACUUAGAUGUGCAGUCAUGAAAGAAGCACAUGUUAUUGCAAACUUCUAUUUAUUCAAAAAAUAUACAAGGAAAAAGAAAGCAUGCUUGAGUCAUUCUGUUUCUAUUUUGCUUUCUUGGUCAUUUCACCCCAGUAGUGUCAGCAGGGGGUCAAAGCAGGAGAUGACAGGAAAGAAGGCGUUAAAGGGGUGGGAACACUCACUGUGUUGGCUUCUGUAAUGGUCAUUGUAGUGAGAUGAUGAUGAUGAUGAUGAUGAUGAUGAUGAUGAUGAUGAU